CAAAAAUUUAAAUAAUUAUUGACAAUCCGCAAGAUGAUGUUGGUUAUUACUGCCAUUAUUGGGAUUAUUUGCUUUCAGUUACAUACAAUCUUCUCAGCAAAAAUUUUGUACGAAAUGGAAACAUUGGAAAUUUGCAAAGAUCCCAAGUACGCUCACAUUGACAACAUGGUGAAGAAACUCCAAAUAUCAAGAUACAAUCGAACAGUUAAAAUGUUGGAAUUUCAUAUCAGUUCAAAAGAUCCCUUAGAUGAAAAUAUCGAGGGAACAAUCUCAGCAGCGAAAUGGACGAAUGGAAAAUGGCUGAGUAUUCCCUUCAUUCCAUACGUACCAGACAUAUGUAAAUACGCAUAUCAAAACUAUCCUGAACAAGUGAGGUUCCUGAUGGAAGGUUUUAAAGUGGAGCAUCCUGACAGAUGUCCAUUUCCUGCCGGUAAUCAUACACUACACAACUAUCCGAUGGUUACGAAAUUUGAAGUCAAUAGUUUAGUACCAAUAACUGGAAGAUUCAUGUUUAGAGUUAUUUUGAGAAAAAUAGCAACUAAAGAAAUAGUUUAUUGUAUUCAAGGUACUACCCUACAAACAGCACAAACAAAACUGUAAGACUAGAAAAGUUACUUAACAGCAAAUGUAUAGUUGCUGCAUUAUAAAGUUAUUCACUUAGAAA